GGGGUUGAGCUUCCUUUUCCUCUGUGCCUGGUGCGAUGAGGACCUAGGUUUUUCGGGACCUCUGAGAAAUCCGAAUCCAUCCUUGCAAAAGGCACCACCGAACUUCGCCAAAAUGACCGAGCAGAUGACAGUGAGGGGUACCCUGAAGGGCCACAAUGGAUGGGUCACCCAGAUCGCCACUACGCCCCAGUAUCCCGACAUGAUUCUGUCGGCGUCCCGAGACAAGACCAUCAUCAUGUGGAAGCUGACCCGUGAUGAAACCAACUAUGGCAUCCCCCAGCGCUCUUUGCAGGGCCACUCUCACUUUGUCAGUGAUGUUGUCAUCUCCUCAGAUGGACAGUUUGCUCUGUCAGGCUCAUGGGACAAGUCCCUCCGUCUGUGGGACCUCACCACGUAAGUGUGGGCAUAGAAGUGAAUUCA